AUGGGCUGCUGCGGCUCCGUCAACAUCGCGCCAGAGACGGAUCUCCCUCCUCCGGAGUGGGGCAAGCCACUCAAGGUGCGCCUCAAGAAGAAGGGCUUCUUCAGCGCCGACUACGACGUUCUCGUGACGCUGGCGGAUGGCGAAGAGGUCAAGUGGAUGCUGCUGGACGCGGUCGGCUCCUUCUGGGAUAAGGGUUACUCCUACUUCCUGAAGCAUAGAUCGCCUGGGCAGGUGGACGCGGCGGGCAAGAAGACGAGUACGGUGCUCGGCGCGGUGAACAUCAGGGGAGAAUGGGACGCGUUCUCCUUCAAGGUAUCGGGAGGCGACCGCGACCUUGACAUUGGUCCCUAUCUUGACCUUUGGGACGGGAAUGUGGACUGGGGCAUAUCCUCGUCGCAGAGGAUGUGGGCAACCUGGACCCUCUCCAAGCGCGCAGUGCUGUACUCUGAUGAGGCAAUGACCAACCAGAUUGACGCGGAUGGGAGGUCAGUCACGCGGCACGAGCAGUAUCGGCACACCGACUGCAGAACGCGCGGCUUCCGGUACAAGUUUAACAUCUUCAACACUCCCAUGACAAUACGCUACUCGGACAAUCUCGCCGGAGGUCGGUUUUGGGAAAAGACGGCACUGAAGAUCAAGGCUGUCAAUGCUUUCGCUCCCGACGUUCCGCUUUUCAAGUGCACUGGUGACGGUGAGCAAACCUGCUCCAUCGAGACCUUUGAGAACUCGGAUCCAGUCUCGACCUUGCUGGCUGCGUACGCUAUAUC